AAGUAAUUAGUAACCAGAUAGUUCUUACAGCUGUCACUGAGCUCGAAGACUUGGAACAUAUGACAGUUGCUCUUUCACCAUCAAAUUUAUUUAUUAAAAUCUCCUUUCAACGUAACUUGUAAGCAUUUGUUGAAUCAAAAAUGAGUAUCUGUAGCCUCCGAGGCAGUCAACUGCAGCUAUGCAGACGUGCAUUUAUAUUAUCCAGCUGUAGCAGGCCGGCAGCGUUCCAACCAGUUGCGGCAACCAAGAAAGUGACAACACGUGAGGCCCACAGCGCUCUAUAUCAAAUGGAGCUAUGCCGUCCCAGACUUUCCUGUAACACUGAAGUACUCAGAGCAGUAAACUGUAAUGUUAGCCGAAAAGCGAGCAAUGAAAGUAAAGAAACAAGUGCUUGUGAUAAAUCUGAAUCCGGUACAUCCACUGGUACUCCAGGAGGUGACAAAGGUGAUGAUAAAACUAAAACAAUUCUCUUAGCUUUGGCAGGUGCUUUAGGCGUUGGCGGUUUGUUAUACUACUUUAUGAACGACAAAUCUGAUACAACUACAAGUACUUCGCCAGAAAUUCCUAAACCCAACUCUGCUGAUUUGCCGAAGCAUGUACCAUAUUUAUUAAUAGGAGGUGGCACCGCCUCGUUUUCUGCAUUCCGUGCUAUCAAAUCGAAUGAUGCCAAAGCAAAGGUCCUUAUGAUUACAGAUGAAAAUCAUAAACCCUAUAUGCGACCACCCUUGUCCAAAGAAUUGUGGUACACGGCGCAAAAGGGUGAAAUCAGCAACGAUUAUCGUUUCAAGCAAUGGACUGGAGCAGAGCGAAGCCUUUAUUUUGAACCAGAAGAAUUUUUCAUUGAGCCAUCUAAACUUAGCGACAGCGAAAACGGAGGUAUUGCCGUAGCUCAGGGAUUCAAAGUUAAGAAAGUUGAUCCCACCAAUCGUGUCAUCACACUUAGCGAUGGUUAUGAAAUCACCUAUGAUCAGUGUCUUAUAGCCACCGGAUGUACUCCAAAGAAUUUGCCAAUAUUUACAGAGGCUCCACCAGGUGUAAGGGAAAAGGUUAUGGUCUAUCGCACUCCCGAGGACUUUGAGAAACUUAAAAAGUAUUUGGAUAACAAGAAAACCGUUGCUAUUAUUGGUAACGGUUUCUUGGGUAGUGAGUUGAGUUGUUCCUUGGCUAAUUACAACAAAAGUAAAACCGAUUCAGGUCGCAUUUAUCAAAUAUUCCAAGAAACUGCCAAUAUGUCGAAAAUAUUACCGGAUUAUCUUAGCAAAUGGACAAUGGAAAAGGUUAAAGCUCAAGGAGUUUGUGUUGUGCCCGGUGCCAGUUUAAAGAGUGUGCAAAGAGAUAAUUCACAUUUGAAUUUAGCUUUAACUACUGGAGAAACCAUAAUGGCUGAUGUGGUGGUUGUUUGCGUAGGUUGUGAAGCCAAUACGGAAAUUGCAAAUGGUUCUGGUUUAGAAGUUGAUCAGAAUUUAGGUGGAUUUGUGGUCAAUGCAGAAUUGGAAGCUCGUCGUAAUUUAUUUGUUGCUGGUGAUGCCUCCUGUUUCUAUGAUCCCCUGCUGGGCAGGAGACGUGUGGAACAUCAUGAUCAUUCUGUGGUAUCGGGUCGUUUAGCAGGCGAGAAUAUGGUGGGGAAAAAGAAACCAUAUGCCCAUCAAAGCAUGUUCUGGUCUGAUUUGGGUCCCGAAAUUGGUUAUGAAGGUAUUGGCUUGAUUGACUCGUCAUUGCCCACAGUUGGUGUUUUUGCCCUUGCCACCAAAACUGAAAGACAAACAGAUAACCUUACAGAGUCUAGUAAAGACGAAACGGAACAAGCCAAGACCACAACUCCUAGUCAAGACGUAUCCGAUGUUAAGUGUAAAGAAGAACAGGCUGACAAUUAUGGACGGGGAGUUGUAUUCUACUUAAGAGAUGAAAAAAUUGUUGGCAUUCUACUGUGGAAUAUUUUUAAUCGUAUUGGUCUGGCACGCACGAUUAUUAAGGAAAACAAGAAAUAUGAAGAUCUUAAUGAAGUGGCGAAACUAUUCGAAAUUCAUUCGUAGAUCUAUUAGUCUAUAACAUAGUUAUAAAUUUGUAUGUCCUAUGUACUUUGGUAAGGUAGAAAUGUUUUUGUUGUUAUUUAGAAUCGAUUUCUUUCCCAGUAAGAAAUUGAAUGUAUUGUACCUACGAACGAAGACAAAAUACACAAAUAAUCCCUGCAUUUUCCAUGAACUGACAAAACACAAAA